AAAUGGCGGCGGCGGCGCUAGGCGCCUAGGCCGGCGGGGGCCAUGAGCGCCGCCCGGCCCCAGUUCAGCAUCGAUGACGCCUUCGAGCUGACCCUGGAGGACGCGGGGCCUGGGCCCGAGUCGAGCGGGGUCGCCCGCUUCGGGCCGCUGCACUUCGAUCGCCGGGCCCGAUUCGAGGUGACUGAUGAAGAAAAGCAGUCCCGGCUACGCUACCAGAAUCUGGAAAAUGAUGAGGAUGGAGCCCAGGCCUCUCCGGAGCCUGAUGGGGGAGUCAGCACCAGGGGUUCUGGGCACAUGUCUAUCCGUAGCUCCCAGUGGUCCUUCAGCACCAUCAGCAGUAGCACCCAGCGCUCCUACAAUGCUUGCUGCAGCUGGACCCAACAUCCUUUGAUCCAGAAAAACCGCCGGGUAGUGCUGGCCUCCUUCCUGCUUCUGCUGUUGGGACUAGUGCUUAUCCUGGUCGGCGUGGGACUGGAGGUGGCCCCCUCACCAGGUGUUUCCAGCGCCAUCUUCUUUGUGCCAGGCAUCCUACUGCUAGUCCCAGGAGUCUACCAUGUGAUCUUCAUCUACUGUGCUGUCAAGGGCCGCCGGGGCUUCCAGUUCUUCUACCUGCCCUACUUUGAGAAGUGAGCUGCCAGUGGCUUCCCAGUGAUCCAAGGCCUCAGGUCACCUCCACGUGUCCACAGGGUAUUCCUCCAACCUACACCCGGUUCUGUCCCUUUCACCUGGAAGACAGAGGCCCUCUGAGACCCUCACCACCACCAGGCCUCUUUGGAUUUGCUCAGGAAGUUUGGGACAUGCCAGCCUGGGGAUAUUGCCCUUAUCUGAUGUGUGCCUUAACUUAUCCCUGGGCCCUGGACUCCUGGGUUGGUUUAAUUUUGUGCUAAUAAAAGGGUAAUUACUUCCAGCAA